GUGGUGGUGGUGGCGGCAGCGACGACGGACGGACGACGACGACGACGGCGGCGGCUUCGGCUUCGGCGGUAAUUCCUUCCAGUGCGUCGGAGGACGACGACGAGUCGCGAUCAUCCGGCCGUCCCGAUCGCCGAUCGGUCGUACACGUUCCUUCGGAUACUUUGAGGCAUUAAUUAGCGGCGAGCCACGAAUGUGAGGUACCGCGGGACUCAACAUAAGUAAGAUAUUUCCUCCCCAAUACACAGUGUGUGACGUUUGUAACAGAUAGAUAUAUAUAUAUAUGUACGAUUGCGCGCCUACAGAAUUAUACGUUGUGUUGUACAUACAUAUACCUAUAUACACGCGAGAUCCAGGGAAACGAGAUCAAGAUGCCGCUCUUUGGGAAGAAGGACACGAAUAAAAAGAUCAAGAAGGAUGGAAGGGACGACCGAUCGCCCUCCGUUGAGGACAAGUACAUCCUAAAAGACCUGCUGGGAACGGGAGCAUUCUCUGAAGUGAGACUGGCGGAAAGUAAAGAGAAGCCGGGUCAAAUGUUUGCCGUAAAGAUCAUCGACAAAAAGGCGCUAAAGGGCAAGGAAGAUUCGUUAGAGAAUGAAAUCAAAGUUCUGCGAAGGCUAACCCACCCCAAUAUCGUUCAAUUGCUGGAGACAUUCGAGGACAAGCACAAAGUCUACUUAGUUAUGGAGUUGGUCACUGGUGGUGAACUAUUCGAUAGGAUUGUCGAAAAGGGCUCAUACACAGAAAAGGAUGCAUCUGGUUUAAUAAGACAAGUGCUCGAGGCGGUAGACUAUAUGCACGAACAAGGUGUUGUUCAUAGAGAUCUCAAACCGGAGAAUCUCUUAUAUUAUAGUUCGGACGAGGACAGCAAAAUUAUGAUCAGCGAUUUCGGCCUAUCGAAGAUGGAAGAUUCUGGGAUUAUGGCGACUGCUUGCGGUACGCCAGGAUAUGUCGCACCCGAGGUACUAGCGCAGAAACCAUAUGGCAAAGCAGUGGAUGUGUGGAGUAUAGGAGUUAUUUCGUACAUUCUCCUGUGUGGAUAUCCUCCUUUUUACGACGAGAAUGACGCCAAUCUGUUCGCACAAAUUCUGAGAGGUGAAUUUGAAUUUGAUUCACCAUAUUGGGACGAUAUCAGUGCUUCUGCAAAGGAUUUUAUUGGAAAGCUGAUGUGCGUCAAUGUUGAAGAACGUUACACUUGCAAACAGGCUCUUGCGCAUCCCUGGAUUUCCGGCAAUGCCGCUAGCAAUAAAAAUAUUCAUGGUACUGUAUCCGAACAACUUAAAAAGAACUUUGCCAAAUCAAGAUGGAAGCAAGCGUAUCAUGCAGCCACGGUUAUACGUCAGAUGCAACGGUUGGCGCUAAACAGUGGCCAGCAACAACAGCAACAGGAGAAUACAGGCUCGAUCGGCCCCUCCAGCGGCAACCCCAUGCAAUAUCGAGAGCAAUCGCAGGUUAGCUACAACCAGCACACGGGGCCAUCGCCACCGCCCUCGAGCAAUCUCAGCAAUUGAAGCAAACGCGAGUCGUUGCUCACCAUGUCAAGCCUGAUGUUUACGAAUCUCACUUCUCACUCCAUUCCAGUCACUCCCGCCGACUACUCGCCUCCGCUAUACAUGUGCAACAAACGCUUCGAACUGUGGGGCAACACACGCACUGUCCGCUCUGUCCGCUCUCUUUUAAAACAACUUGUGUCGCAACUUAGGAAGCAACGGAAGCAUAAGAAGAGCUGAGCUUUAGGCACCGUUAGAAUCACGCGCGCAAUAAGAAUACGCAAAAGGCAACGUACUAUGCGACGUAGCUGUCCCUUUCAAGCUACGGGAGCGAUGGGGAUAGAUUAGAGCCAAUUUGCUUCGCGCCAGUGACGCGUACAUAUACACAUAUACAUGCAAAAACACAAUUAUUAUCGAAAGGCGUAAACUACAAUUCGCUUUGGCUGGUCCAUGCGAUACAAUACGAUUUAUACCCUCUUCUAUAACAAUACGGCAGUUAUGUUCGCUUUAUUCUUAUGAUUUACGACGUUUCCUAUGUUACACACAUAAGCAAUAGCUCGUAGCAGUUCGCUGAAUACGUUUCGCAUCGAUCUGACAGAAUAAGAGGCGGUUACAUCUCUAGAGAUAAGACUUGAAGAUUGUGUGUGUCGCGAUCAUGCCUGCACACUUUGUUAGAUCGAAUCUGUUCUAUAUAUAUUAUAUAGAAGUAUAUAUACAUAUAAAUAUAUGCAUUACGCGAACAGUACAACGACAAGUUUUUAUAUUUUAUAAAAUUCGAUGUAAUAAGUAGCGCGGCUGUUUGAUACAAUUCUGUGCAACCUAGAGACCUGUAUCAUUAGACCUGGGACGAAUAUGAUUCCAUACUACGGUUCCUAUGUAAUUCGAUCCUCGCACGCCGUAACAUACACUUCGGUACGAUAGAGAAUAUUUCCUAUCUACUUACACAAGUCGAUGAUAUGCAAAAACUUAAUACCAAAAUGCAGACGAUGUCGAGAGGUCGCUUAGUGCACAGAGACGUAGCCUGAUCUGUUUCUUUGUCUCUCUCUCUCUCUCUCUCUCUCUCUCUCUCUCUCUCUCUAUCUAUCUAUCUCUCUAUCUCUUUAUCUUCUUUUAUUAACGCGUGUUUCUGUAUUUUUUUGUGAUAACUGAGACAUGGCCCCGCUUAUAUAAAUGCUUACACAGACACUUGUACAAUGUACUAUUUUAUGUAAUACGUAUCCUGUAUGUAUACUCUCUUUUAACAUAUACGUAGUGAUAUUACUAUAUUAAUAUAAGGCUCUGAAAGGGAUCCGCUAAGCUAGCUUGAAACUUAAAAACGUAUAUGUACAUUUUUCUGCUAACAUUAAUAUAUAUAUAUUGCACUACUACUUCUAUUUCUACAGAACGUAAGGUGUACAUAAUGCACAAAUACACAUCUAAACUUACAUAGACUAUCUUGCGUGCCUGAUUUUAAGAUGACAUGAGGAACAAUUCUGUAAUGUUACUAUCAUAUCGUGAUCUUAAUUAUUUUCAUAUACACAUAAAGGUAUUAGUUGCUCUGUUAUUCGCCUUGAUUUAACCGUAUACUAUAACAUUUUGAUACUUGUAUAUUAGUGACUUAGUUUAUAUACACUUUUUACAAUUAUUUUAUUAUUAACAAAAAAAUAUCACUUAUAAAAGUAUAGUAAUAUAUUAUUUUUUAAACAUUGAAAGUGCCACGUUUAUAAAGUAUACUGUAAAGGCAUGCUAGGCAAUGGAAAACCGAGCUAAUUAUUUUUACGCUUGUAUCGUUUUAUUUUUGCUAAGACACAAGAAGGAAAUCGGCUCGAAAGUGCAAUUCAUUCCUAGUAUCGAUUAUAUACAACGCGAGUAUUUAUCUCAUUAAUAUAUGAAUCGAUGAGAGAUAAAGAAAAAUGUUACUUAAUUACCCUCUGAUUUGUUUAUCAUGUCUUUAUUAUUUUCACGUGAUGUCAGCAGGAAUACAAUAAAAAAUGCUCUCUUUGCGA